UUCCCACUUCCGCAUUCCCUCAUGCCAUGGCGUUCAACACAAACGUCUUCGACCAUGGCCCGUCAUCUGUGUUCGCCACGCGGGACGGCUCUUCGGGCGUCCCGUUCGUGAUGGAUGUUUCGAAAGACCCUGCGCCACGGGUGGUGGCCUCCAUAUGGGCCAUGAUCUCCGUGUCGACCGUGUUCCUCUUGCUCCGGGUCUACUGCAAAAGGGUCAGGACGCGGGGCAUGUGGAUAGACGACCACAUCCUGAUCGCGUCUUGGGUGUUCCUCCUGGUCUCGACAGCCCUCACGACCGAGCUCAUGAGGCUCGGGUUCGGCAAGGCGACCGACUUCGUGCCGCACAUGCACACGCUCUCGUCCGUCAACGUCGUGACCAACAACGUCGCGCUGGCCCUCAGCAAGACGUCGUUCGCCGUCACCAUGCUGCGCAUCACGUCGGGCGGGCAGAGGAUCUUCAUCGGGUUCCUGACGGUGUCGAUGAACGUGAUCCUGGCGACGGGGGCCGUCGCCGUGUGGAAGGCCGCCUGCGACAGGCCGGCGGACGCGUACGAGGCCGUGCUGCCGGGGUCCUGCUGGCGGGUGCAGGACUCGGUGGUGAUGGCCAUGGUUGCGAACGGCUACUCUGCGCUCGUCGACUUCAUACUGUCGUUGCUGCCGUGGUCCAUCAUCUGGGGGCUCGGCAUGAAGCGGCAUGAGAAGGUGGGCGUUGCGGUGGCCAUGAGCCUGGGCAUCGUAGCAGGCCUGGUCGGCGUCGUCAAGGUCGUCCAUAUAGUGACCAUAGCAGACGGCGCCGAUAUCCCGUACCGCCUCUCGCUGCUCUUCAUCUGGGGCCAGGCGGAGCCCAACGUCACCAUUGUGGCUUUGUCGAUCCCGGUGCUGCGGGUGCUGUUCAGCGAGAUGUACGCCACCUCGAAGCAGGGUGGGAGAGGGGGGUACAUGAAGUCGAACAACCAGAGCGGGUUCCCGUCCGAGAUCGGGAUGAACACGCUGGAAGAAGGGCGGAGGAUAGAAGAGGAAUCUAGCCAAAGAGUCCUGCGAGCCAUGGGGACGUCAAUAACGGGGGAUGCUGGGGACACUGACAUCAGAUACAACGCGAUGGACGGAGUUACGCAGGGGACACAUGGAUACGUUUUGCGGGAGCCUGAGAGAUGUCACUAUAAUAAGAGACCACCAAGAGUGUUGAAGUAAUCAAAUCAGAAGUUCACAAUGGCGUCCUGUCUGUCCCGUCAGUUCC